GCGGAGAAGCGAUGAGAGCUGGGAGGCCUAGGAACUGUCAUGCUUGGCUAUGAACGUUUCCUGCCGGUCCAGUGUUGCUGCGUGACCGGCCCACAGUCCUGGUAAAAGAACGGAGCUGCUAAUAGGAAGGCAUGUCGAGUUUUUCUAGGGCACCCCAGCAAUGGGCCACUUUUGCUCGAGUGUGGUAUCUCUUAGAUGCAAAAAUGCAGCCCCCUGGCAAACUUGCUGCUAUGGCUUCGAUAAAACUUCAGGGAUUGCACAAACCUGUGUACCAUCAACUGAGUGAUUGUGGGGAUCACGUUGUCAUAAUGAACACAAGACACAUUGCAUUUUCUGGAAACAAAUGGGAACAAAAAGUAUAUUCCUCACAUACUGGCUACCCAGGUGGAUUUAAACAAGUAACGGCUACUCAACUUCACCUGAAGGAUCCAGUGGCAAUUGUAAAACUAGCUGUUUAUGGUAUGCUGCCAAAAAACCUUCAGAGAAGAACUCUGAUGCAAAGAUUGCAUCUUUUUCCAGAUGAGGAUAUUCCAGAAAAUAUUCUUAAGAAUAUAGUGGAAGAGCUUCCUCAACCACGGAAAGUACCCAGACGUCUAGAUGAAUACACACAAGAAGAAAUAGAGGCUUUCCCAAGCGUGUGGUCCCCACCUGAAGAUUUUCGGCUAUAGGAGAAGGAAAAUUGCAGAUUGAAUCUUCUUCCUGAUGAGUUUCUCCUAACCCACAGCAGAGUGAAACAACUGCUGUAUUUUAACAAUGACUAAUACCUGUUAUGGGUGCUGACUGUUUUUGGAGAAAGGUUAGGAAGGGAUAUUCCCUCAAUAGGAAAUUGCAAUAAAAUACAUUAUUUUUAGAAUUGUUUUAUUAUGUAUUCCAAUAUGAAUGUUAUAAAUGGAGAUAAGAAUAAAGUUGCUUACUUGUUUAA